AUGUCUGAAGAAUUAACUAAGAAAACAGAAGACUUGUCGUUAGAUUCCAAACAAGAGUCCGCAGAAAAGACUGUUUUUGAUUCCAAAGAAGAAUUCACCGCAAAGCACCCAUUGAAUCACAGAUGGACUCUUUGGUAUACAAAGCCACAGACUAACAAGUCUGAAAACUGGCACGAUCUUUUGAAACCAGUGAUUGCGUUUUCGUCAGUAGAGGAGUUUUGGGGUAUCUACAACUCGAUCCCAUCUGCUAACCAAAUUCCAUUAAAGUCAGACUACCACUUGUUCAAAGAAGGUAUCAGACCCGAGUGGGAAGAUGAGGCCAACGCCAAAGGUGGUAAAUGGCAACACGCAUUCCUGAAAAAGGAAGGUAACCCAAUCAUCAACGACUUGUGGCUUAGAGGAUUGCUUGCCGUUAUUGGUGAAACCAUUGAAGACGACGAAGAUGAAGUCAACGGAAUUGUUAUCAACGUUAGAAAGCAAGUUUACAGAAUCGGUAUCUGGACCAAGGACUGUGAUGAGUCGAAAUUAAGAACCGUUGGAGAGAGAUUAAAGAAAAUCUUACAAUUGAAAGACGACCAGCGAGUCGAGUUUAUCUCGCACAACGCAUCGAACCAAAAAGGUGCUGAACCACAAAUUGUCUUGUAA